UUCUAGUUGGGACCUCUCACCUUUCCCGACAGUAUAUAAGGAACGAAAUGCUCUGAACAUUCUCCUGGCAGCCACCAUGAAGGCCAUAGUCUCCAUCUGCUGCAUGCUAUCUCUGCUCCUCCUCAUCACAGCAGAUGAGGAGGAGGAUGUGCUCUCUUCUAUCGUGAGGGAUCGCUCCCACAUCGAAGAGACUCUGAGACUGGCCGCUGAGGAAAACUCUGGAGAUUAUGCAGCUGCACUGCAGAAACUGAUGAAGAUCUAUCACUCCUCCAUCAAGCCAAUGGAACAAGCUUACAAGUACAAUGAAUUACGACAACAUGAGAUUUCAGCCUACCCCGGACGAACGCUGGGGGACUCAGCCACAGAUGGAGAAAUCACUUCCAAGCCCAUGGUGCUGUUUCUGGGCCCGUGGAGUGUAGGCAAGUCAUCUAUGAUCAACUACCUGCUGGGCCUACAGGACUUACCUUACCAGCUCUACACAGGCGCUGAACCCACUACCUCAGAAUUUACCGUGAUAAUGCACGGAGAGAAGAUACGCUCAGUGGAGGGCAUUGUUAUGGCUGCUGACAGUUCACGCUCUUUCUCACCCCUGGAGAAGUUUGGACAGAACUUCCUGGAGAAGCUUAUUGGCAUUGAGAUGCCCCAUAAGCUACUUGAAAGGGUCACCUUUGUCGACACACCUGGAAUUAUUGAGAACCGCAAGCAGCAAGAGAGAGGUUACCCCUUCAAUGAUGUGUGCCAGUGGUUCAUUGACCGUGCUGACUUGAUCUUUGUGGUAUUUGACCCAACCAAGUUGGAUGUGGGUCUGGAGUUGGAAAUGCUUUUCCGCCAAUUGAAGGGUCGCGAAUCCCAAAUACGCAUCAUCCUGAACAAAGCUGACAACUUGGCAACCCAGGACCUAAUGCGUGUGUAUGGUGCCCUGUUCUGGAGUUUAGCUCCGCUUAUCAAUGUUACUGAGCCACCCCGUGUCUACGUCAGCUCCUUCUGGCCCUACGACUACGCACCUGACACAAGUCGAGAGCUUUUCAAGCGUGAGGAGAUCUCUCUCCUGGAGGACCUUAACCAGGUGAUUGAGAACCGUCUAGAAAACAAGAUAGCCUUCAUCCGUCAGCAUGGUAUCCGCGUGCGCAUCCAUGGCCUGCUGGUAGACCGCUAUGUCCAAACCUUCAAAGAGAGGAUGAGCUUUUUCAGUGACCCUGAUUUAGUUUUUAAAGAGAUCGUAGAUGACCCAGACAAAUUCUUUAUCUUCAAGUCCAUCCUGGCCAAGACCAAUGUCAGCAAGUUUGAUCUGCCCAACCGUGAUGCCUACCGUGAUUUCUUUGGCGUCAACGCAGUGACUAAUUUCAAGCCACUCACUGCCCAAUGUUCCUACAUGGGUGGCUGCCUGCUGGAAAAGAUUGAGAGGGCCAUCACGGCUGAUCUUCCAGCCCUCCUAAGCAGCCUCACCUCUGGCAAAAACCCCAUAUUCUCUUCCUGCGAGGCCACCGGAUGUGGGGAAAAGCCAAAAAACCGCUACAGAAGAAACUGACAGAAGAGACAGAAUGAGAAGAAGAAUGAAUGAGGAAAAAGAGAAUGAAAAUUGAGAGAGAAGCCAUUGAGCACUGAGCUGAGCAAGCGCCUGCCCAUCUUGUGGCUUUGUUUGAAAUGUUACCAGAAAGGGGAGAAAGUCAUUCAGUUCUGUGCAUUUUUAUGCUGGAUGGAGUGAGUUUCAGUGUUUGGUAUCAUUUAACAGACAGGUGAAGGAUUGACAUUGGAAUAUAAGCCUGAAUACCUGAGAUUUAUUACAUACACCUCACCCUCGUCUCUCCUAGACACUACUGUUGAGAACUGUGCGAUUUGACUGAAAAAAAAAUAUUUAAAUAAGUUAAAAGGAAUAUUAUUGCAAGAAAAGGUAAACAUAUGAAUGUGAAUAAAAAUGAAAAUUCAAAGA